GCUAAGCUAACUGGCUACACUCGUUCGUGUGGCAGAUAUACGAGAUUCAUUUUAGUGUUUGAGGCAUUGCCACCAAAUUUUAUACAAAGUAUCUUUAGUUUAGGUCUAAAAACACAGGAUACAAGAGAAGGGAGCCUAAUGCAGUCUGCUGCAGAGACUGUGGAGAAUGCCUCCAUCCUGUCUGGUGGCUCGGGACAGGACGGUCAUCGGCUCUGGAUCGGCAACAUUGACCCUAAAAUCACAGAGUACCACCUAGUGAAGCUCCUGGAGAAGUUUGGCAAAGUGAAGCAGUUUGACUUCCUGUUCCACAAGUCCGGUCCUCUGGAGGGCCAGCCAAGAGGAUACUGCUUCGUCAACUUCCACACCAAAGAGGAGGCUGAACGGGCUAUUCAGUGUCUGAAUGGAAAAUUGGCUCUUUCUAAGAAGUUAGUGGUGCGUUGGGCUCAUGCUCAGAAGUUUGAACCCUUCAGAGGAGACAAAAAUGUGCCGGCCAGUUUAGAGCCUUCGUCCAGUGAAGCCGAGGAGCUGCCAACCACACUAGGCGUUAAUGCAAAGAUCCGUGCCAUCGAAGCCAAGCUGCAGCUGAUGGAAGAAAACCCAGAUGACUAUACCGGCCCAUCUGCGUACAUCUACAACAAACCCCCCGAUAAAAGAGACAAGAGGUCCCAGCCCUACCACAAGCCUUUCCGGAGAUUCAGAAGAUGACCUCUCCAACAACUGUCCAAGUGUGAGGGUGUGGAGAUAAGCUAAGCUGCUCUUGUCUCUGGCUAGUGAGAGACUGUAAUGUAUUAUGAGACCAGAAAGUCCAACACCUUUGAUUGGUAGUGCUGUUCUGUUUCUCAGCCAGCGGAGGAGUCUUUACUGUGAAAGACAGCUGAAGUAAGCAGAAUCUAACCACAUAAUUCUAGUGAAUUCAUUUUUCCUUUUUUGAACAUUGCUGUUACCCAAGUAAUCCGAGUUCUUCAGGGUUUAAAGGGAUGGUUCAGUCGAAAUUCUGUCGUCAUUUACUCACCUUUGUUGUUCCAAAGCAGUAAGAGGAUUUUGAUAAACGUCUUUUGUCAAUGAGGUCCGAAGGUGUUUGAACCCUAAAAUAUCUUUCUCUGUGCUCCACUGAAGAUACAACGGUUGUACAGGGUUGGAAAAUCAUUGAGGCACAUGAAUCAUGAUAGAAAUUGUAUGAGUUUUGCACCUUUUCAAAAUCUCAGUUCAAAUCCCUUCCUUGAAAUCCUUCCAGAAUAUAUCUCCCAUUGUUUUACUGUAACUCACUUGUAAACUGCCCGGUGUGCUGCCUGUGAAAGUGUUGUUGUGUGUUGUGAGUCUUAUGAUCCUAAAUCUACAUACUCCGACUUUACCAUUCUUUGUUACAUUGGUGUAUGUGUAAAGGAAGCACAAUAUUAUGCAUUGUUUAUUUAACUAUUAAUAUCUUGCCUUUUUAAGUCUAAAGUGAAAAGGGCUUUUAUCACAUGAUCUGGAGAGGGGGCAUCACAACAGCAGAUGUCAUCAAUAGUUUAGAUCAAGUGUAAAUAUCCAGGUAUUUUGAUAGAUUUUGCUUCUGUCGUGUUCAAAAAUAAA